UUUUUUGGCGGGAACGCGAGGAGUGAAGUUGUGUGAUUUGUUUUAUUUUGUCUAUUUAUUGUUUCUUCGGGUUUAAAUGUGUAAUAAUGGUGGUUUAUUAACUGUUUAAUAUCUGUGAAAGUGCACAAAUGUGGGAAAAUGAAACAAAGCCGCUGGACGUAACUUCUCGGGAUCCUCCAAAAAGUCCACUGAAAAAAUCUUAGUAAAUGACCACCAUUUUACUGAUAUUAUAUUUCAUCUCAUAUAUUUCAUCCCAGUUGAUUAAUGUCUCAAAUUAAUUAUCUUCAUUUCAUUUCACUCCAUAAUAUCAUUUUUCAUAAAAAUAUGAAUAUACAUUAAAAUAAGACAUGACUUAAAGGUCUAAGUUACCAGGUCAUAAAAUCCCUUGAAAAAAAAAUAAUCAAAGAAUAGAAUUUAAUUUUUAAUCUCCGAGGCAUAGAUUAGACACGUAUGCUCCGAGGCAUUAGACAAUUUGCGGAGAUUUGAAUACAAAACUGUAUUUAUUCUUAAAAAAUUGUUGGGAAUCUCAGCAAAAAUAUUCUAAAAUAUGUCUUCAUAUAAGCCAAUUGAUUCUAAGAGAGAAGAGUUUCGGCGUUACUUAGAACGAGCGGGUGUAAUGGAUGCUCUUACUAAAGUUCUAGUAAGUUUGUAUGAAGAACCGGAUAAACCAGAAGAUGCCUUGGAAUAUGUACGCAAACAUUUAGGUUCUGAUGGAGGUGAAGACGAGCUUGAAGCAGCAAGAGCUCGUAUCGCUGAAUUAGAAGCUGAAAACGCAUUACUCAAAGGAGAUGCUGCACCUGCUGAAGGGUAAAUUGAGACAGGUUUUCAUUGCAUAGAUCUCAUCAAUUGAUCUCACAUGAAAGUAUUUUUAUUAAAACUUUAACUUAGUGUUAUAAAAUAAUAUUGUUAAAUUGUUAAAUGGUUGGUUAUUUUGGUUAAAAAAGUGCAGAUGAUGCAAUUAAGUUUUGUUCUUUGUUAAGUACUUGUUUGAUCUGAACUUUUUGAAAAUGGGAAAGAAGCAACUUGACAAAUAAAUAUAUAAUUUCAUUUGAAUGAAAUUUCUUGGCAAUAGUAA